GUCACAUCCGCUCUGACGUCAACACAAAGCGACGAUCUCGUUCGAAGCGAGUGAACCUCGUUGGAAAAAAAUGGCACCCUCACCCACAAAACGGAAAGAGGAGGAAAAAGCAAAAGACAAAAUCAAAGAAAAGAGUGGUACAAAGGAAGGAGACAGAGAUAGAGGACGUGAAAAAGCAAAGAAACGACGCAGUGCCUCCACUGGCAGUAGCAGCAGCAGGUCCAGAUCUAGCUCUACUUCAAGCAGCAGCUCUGGCUCCAGUUCAGGGUCUUCAAGUGGAUCUAGCUCAUCUGGUUCCAGUCGUUCCUCCAGCUCUCGUUCCUCCUCCUCCAGCUCAUCAGGCUCUCCAAGCCCCAGCCGCAGACGCCAUGACAACCGCCGCCGAUCACGCUCAGGGUCCAAAACACAGAAGAAGGGAGAUGAUAAGGAACGGAGGAAAAGAACCCCAAGCCCCAAACCAACUAAACUUCAUCUGGGACGGCUAACCAGGAAUGUCACCAAGGACCACAUCCAGGAAAUAUUUUCCACUUAUGGGAAAAUAAAAAUGGUUGACAUGCCGAUGGAUAGGCUCCACCCACACAUGUCCAGGGGCUAUGCUUAUGUAGAGUUUGAGACUCCUGAGGAGGCUCAGAAGGCCCUCAAACACAUGGAUGGAGGUCAGAUUGAUGGACAGGAAAUCUCUGCGUCUGCUGUGCUGGCUCAGCGAGUCCGUCCUCCACCUCGCAGACCCUCUCCCCCACGUAGAAUGCCACCACCGCCACCCAUGUGGCGUCGCAGCCCACCACGGAUGAGGAGAAGGUCUCGCUCCCCAAGGAGACGCUCUCCUCCUCCACGCCGCCGCUCUCGUUCCAGAUCCCCUGGUCGCAGGCGUCACCGUUCUCGUUCCAGCUCUAACUCCUCCAGAUAGAUGGGUUUCCUGCCUCAAGAUACCAAUCACUCGGCAGGUCAGCUGGAGUGCCUGCUUUGGUGGACCUUGAGAACUGACUAGAAAUAAAAACAUGUGAUUUGUGUAUGUAGGAAGUGGAAUAUUUUUCCUUUUUAGUUUUUUCUGUGUCCUUUUUAUAUUUUGUGUCGAUCCUAAAAGUUUGGCUCUGUGUCUUUUCUCGGUUUGAUUUCUUUAUUUUGAAUCGUUUCUUCUUUUUAUCACUUUCUAAAUUUUUAGACAUUUUGACAAAUAAAGGUGGUGAAAAUUG